AUGCACACACGAACAAAGGCACAGAACGACUGCCAUCCCAGCCAUUAAUUCUUUCCUUGAAGGAGCAUAUCCCAGCCGUUGGGUGCGUGCAGCACUAGUUCGCGGUAGAGCUUAAGCAUGGCCGUGAAGAUGGCAUCCGACGGCCUGUGGCAGGGCGAGAACUCUCUGGACUUCGCGCUGCCGCUCCUCGCGGUGCAGAUAGCCGCCGUGCUCGUCGUCACGCAGGGCCUCGCCUUCGCCCUCAAGCCCCUGCGCCAACCUAGAGUCGUCGCCGAGAUCCUGGGCGGUAUCUUGCUGGGGCCUUCGGCCCUGGGCCGGUGGGGCGCUUUCCGCCGCACACUCUUUCCGGAGUGGAGCACCGCCGCGCUCGACACCGUGUCGGGCCUCGGCCUGCUCCUCUUCCUCUUCCUGGUCGGCCUCGAGCUUGACUUCCGCGCCGUUCGCCGCGUGGGGCCCCGCAGCGUGGCCAUCGCAGCGGCCGGCAUCGUGCCUCCACUGCUCGCCGCCGCCGGCGUCGUGCCACUCCUCGACCUCGCCAUCCCGGCGCCCCGCCAAGCCUCGUACUCCUCGCUGUGCGUGUUCCUCGGCGCCGCGCUCUCGGUGACCGCUCUCCCCGUGCUCGCGUGCAUCCUCAAGGAGCUCGGCCUCCUCGGAGUGCCCUUCGGCGAGACCGCCAUGGCUGCCGCCGCCGUGAACGACGUCUUCGCGUGGACGCUCCUCGCCCUCGCUCUCGCCGUGUCCGGCGGGGGCCGCGAGCCGAAGGGACCCCCUCUCGCUCCGUUCUAUAUCCUCUCGUCGGGCGCCGUCUUCGUGGCGUUCACGUUCUUCGCGCUCCGCCCUCUCAUGGCGCGCCUCGCGCGCCGCGCAGGCCCCGGCAGCUCUUCCGGCGACCUGGCCUGCUCAGGCGCCGUCGCGUGCGCGCUCCUCGCGGGCGCCGUGACCGACGCCAUCGGCGUGCACCCCGUGUUCGGCGCGUUCGUUUUCGGGCUUGCCAUGCCCCGGGAGGGGGGCGUCGCGGAGCGCAUCGGUGAGAAGGUGGCGCCGCUGGUGUCCGGGCUGAUGCUGCCGCUUUACUUCGCCACGAGCGGGCUGCACACGAAUGUCGACAACGUCGAGGGCGUGGCCGCGUGGGGGAUGGUCGCGCUCGUGGUGGCCGUGGCCGUGCUGGGGAAGUUCACGGGGACGUUCGCGGUGGCGGUCGCCGGGACCGGCAUGGCCAGGCGCGAGGCGGCAGCCCUCGGCGUGGCUAUGAGCGCCAAGGGUCUAGUGGAGCUCAUCGUGCUCAACAUCGGCAAGGAGAAGAAGGUGCUGGACGACACGACGUUCGCCAUCUUCGUGAUCAUGGCGCUAACGACCACGGUGAUCGCGACGCCUCUCAUGACAGCGCUCUACAGGCAGCCGCCGACGGCCACCACGCCGGAGAGCGACGGCAUGGAGCUCAAAGGAGGCGACGCUUGCCCGGCAUAACUCAGGGAAUGUCAGUCGUACUCCAUCGACGUGUGUUCAUGCAUGUAGUAUUGUACUAGCAGGAGAGCUGCAAGGCCAUGCAGGCUGGUGUUGCUCUGUUUUCUUCUUCUUGUUGUGGCUAUCAGCGAUCCCUGAGCGAUAACCAUGUGCCGCCGAAGCGCUAGUAAGCUUCGCAAUGUACUCCUUUAAACGCUUUUAUAUUUCUUUA